AUGGGAUCAUUUCUUCGUAUCCCCACGGCCCUGUUGUGCGCCCUCCUUGUCUCAACUUUUGUUAUCUCUCGUCCCACUAUAGUCCCUGGGGAAUGCCCACCCGCUGCAGCCCUAUCACUUGAAUCCCACUGCAUUGAACCGCUAGCCUCGACUGGAAUUCCCGAACUCGCAGUCUAUGAACAUACCCCACAUAGUUCUUCUACUUUGACAGUCUAUGUCGACUCGCUCCAGCAGAUGACCCGGAAGGCCAAGGCAACCAUUGGCGUGCUCUCGACUCUGAUAGCGUAUGUGUCUAUCAACAGCUUAAUACACAUCCUCCGGCCGGGCGCUUUUGUCUGGUCUACCGAGGACGAGGAGGAGCGGAGCUGGAUUGCGAGCUCGCGCUCGUGGUUCGACCGCAAAUCCUGCCGGUGGCUGGGCGUCUGCGGCGCCGCCCAUAUACAAACCGUUCACGGCGCAUUUGGACAUCGCGAUCCGGCGCAGUGGGUGAAAGCGCAAGAUGCCGAGCCAGAGGCACCAUGGCGGUCUUUCUGGCUUAGCGGCGCUAGUGACUCCGAGUGGGAUGCCGAGGAGCGGGCUCGGCGGCAGAUCCCGGACUACGUUUUCCACUAUGCCCCACUCGUUCACCUUUAUUCCGGUGAGCAAUUCUGGCCGGGGGAUAUCGCAGAGCACUUGUACCACACCACUCCGACCCUGAAUUACACCCCGAUUCAAGCCCAAUGGGACCAUCCGACGCUGGCCGAUCUGGAUGAGUUGAACCAGUGGGGCCCACGGCACGUUUUUUUGACGAGCAAUGACGAUGCGCAGACGCGUCCACACUGGCUGGAAGGCGAUAAGAAUAUCCCGCAAGCAGAUGGGGACGAUAAAGAAGAAUCCUGGGCUGAUUGGGAUGGUCGAGUCGACGGUGAUAUCCCUGGCGACACGGAGGAAGAUCGCGCCAAGUGGUAUGAUUAUUACCAAUUGCAACAAGAAGCUGCCGAAUCGGACGCCGACGAACAUUCUGAAGCUCAGGAAAUACUCAGAGAAGAGAUCCGACGACGUUACGGUGGAGAGGAGAUCCACCAGGAUGCUGCCGGUGGUCGAAGCGAUGCCCCUGCAAUCCUGGUGGUGAUGGACAAGGGCAACGGAAUUGUCGAUGCGUUCUGGUUCUACUUUUAUAGCUUCAACCUCGGUAACACUGUCGCCAACGUCCGGUUUGGCAAUCACGUUGGCGACUGGGAGCAUUGUCUGGUGCGAUUCCACAAUGGCAACCCGAAAGCGCUCUUCUUCAGCGCCCACCAGGGCGGAGAGGCUUAUAGCUACGAAGCCGUUGAGAAGAUCGGACAACGACCCGUCAUCUACUCUGCCGAGGGCAGUCAUGCCAUGUAUGCCACGGCCGGAGUGCACGAUUACCUUCUUCCCUGGGGAAUGCUGCACGAUGUAACUGAUCGCGGUCCACUAUGGGAUCCUCUCCUCAACUCGCAAGCCUACACAUAUGACUUUGACAACGAACAUUUGCGGGCGUCCACAUUCACCCCCUCUGCGCCAACGGAAUGGUUCCAUUACAGGGGCCACUGGGGUGACAAGUUCUACCCACUAAGUGAUCCCCGUCAGUAUCGAUUUGCAGGCCAAUACCAUUUCGUGAACGGACCUAUUGGCCCGAAGUUCAAACACCUCAACCGUCACAAGGUGUGUCAAGGACCCGAUCGUUCCCCCUGUGUCGUCAAGAACUAUGUCGAGCAAGGCAAGCGACCCAAGCGGUGGGGCGCAAGCAGACCGGGAGAGUAG